GAAACAAAAAUAAAAGCAAACCGAAAUGGAGUUCCCCCUCACUCGACACCUCCCCUCACUUCCGUCCUUUUCUCUCCCUACUUCCCUCGCUCUCUCCUUCUCCGGCGAAUGAAACCUCGCAAAACCCUAAACCCCUCUGAUGAAAGCAAAUCGUUCCAGGCCUGCAUCGAGUUCAGUUGAACAAUCUGUUGUUUCCACUGAAUCCUCGCUCCUUCCCUGAGCCAUCCUUGAAAAAUGAUACAUGGCUUCAACAGUUUCUAUUCCCCACAAAACCCUAGUAAUUCCCUUUGCCUGAACCGUCAUUUAGUCAAUACGACCGCACGGACGUUACAGAAUGAUUCGUAUUGAUGGUAGCGAUAAUGAUGCAGCAGCAGCAGCAGACCUCUGCUGUCGUGGCUUCGCAGCCGGGCAAUCCGCCCUCUUCUUCCUCCUUACUUAGAUCCCCUACCUCAACACCCAUCCAAUCGCAGCUACCUUCGCCGCUUUCUCUCGGCCCGGUUGUCCCAGCGUCGACUGCAACAUCGGUUUUGCACCGCCAGCUGCCGGCACCGGUGGCUUCCGAUCAUGUUGUUGGGGCGGUGAUGCCGCUCGCGGCGGCACAUCUCUCAGGCGACCACGCUUGGACGUUGUUAUCGAGAGUUCGUUUUUCGGAUAUUGUGCCAUAUGAUGGGGCUCCAUCCGGCCCCUAUGUCAGGGCGGUGGAGGCGUUGUCGGGGUCACUAAUGAGGCAUAAUGCGGUGGUGAUUGAGCUGGGGAGCGAGGAUGCUGCGCUGAUGCGAUGCGGAUUGGAAUCAGCAAAGUUGUACCUUAGGACUAGGGCUCAUAGUACUGGAAAUGGAGGAAGUUGGGGGAAAGGCAGUCGAGGAGCUUACGUGUAUAGGGCAGGAAGGGCUUUGGAAGACUGGGAGUCAUGUCCUCCAUGCAUCUCCGAUAUAUUCAAGCACAUGGGAAAAGUAGCUCGUGCUGCUCUGUAUGCGAUUGCAAGGCAUCUGCGUUUACGCAGCGACGUGUUUAACCAUUUACUGGAUGAUACCCCGUUGCCUCCUAAUGAGGUAUCCUCAUCCGUGCUCGUUGCAUCCUACUCGCAUCCAUCCUUGCAAAAUGGAAAAGCCGCUAUUGGGGGAGGAAGGCCUUCAAUUGGUAGUGAAGUUGAAAAGGGACUGCUGACACUAAUUUCCUCGGACAGCCCUGGUCUUCAGGUUUGUGAUCCCAAUGGUCGUUGGUACCUAGCCGAUGGUGGGUCAACUCCUGGAGAUCUUUUACUGCUUACAGGCAAGGCACUAAGCCAUGCAACUGCUGGCCUCCGUCCAGCUGCCUCAUAUAGAGCUGCUCCUGAUUAUUUCUCUGGAACUGCUACUGGUGGAAGGACAUCUCUGGCAUUUAGGCUCCUGCCACAGGGCAAUGCUGUAUUAGAUUGUUCCCCAAUUGCAGCAGCCGGGCAUGUCAUUCCCCAGAGCUUUGUACCUAUCUCUGUAAGCCAGUUUAUGGAUGAUCUUUCUGCUGAGGAAGAUGUAUUGUGCAGUCGUCCUGAUGAUACGUAUGUAGCUCGAAAUGGUUUGAAUAGAGAACCAUCUUUAAGAAGUGUUCUUUCAGAUCCGUUAUCUGGUGCAUUCCUUGAAGAUGCUAUGGUUGUUUCAUGUGGACAUUCAUUUGGUGGUUUUAUGCUCAGAAGGGUCAUUGAAACGUCAAGAUGUACCCUCUGCAGUGCAGAAAUUGAGCCUGGGUCUUUGAUCCCUAAUCAUGUUUUAAGAGCUGCGGCUACAGCUGUGAAGCAUGAGGAUGAGCGGAGACUCUUCCACAAUGCAUCCUUACGGAAGCGUCGAAAAGAAGGGGGAGACCCAAAUGAUUCAAUAAGAAGGAUGAACAGGGAAAAUGGAGAUAUUGCAACUGAUGAUGGGCUACAUAGAGGGGUGCAGUAUCCUUUUUCAGUGAAUGAAAAAGUAAUAAUUAAGGGAAACCGAAGGACACCUGAUAAAUUUGUUGGGAAAGAAGCAGUUAUUACAUCUCAAUGUCUCAAUGGCUGUGCUGUGCUCUCUGUUUUGGAAGAAUAAAAUAGGGGAGAAAUUAGAGAAGAGAGGUUGUUCAGAGCUCGUCAAGACUCAACAGAACUUUGUUUUGAAGCACGUCAAGGGAUUGAGAAGUUAAUGCAUAUGUGCAUGGCAGCAUAUCUGUUUUACUUUCAAAGCUCUACGAGAGCUCUUAAGUUGUUGAAUUUCAAAGAAGGACCAGGUGUUGAUUGCACACAAAACUGCAACUUCAGAGCUUUCUGCAAGGCAACAACUUCAAGGAAGUUGAUCGAACACCAUGAGGAGGUUGAUUUCUGGUACUCUAGUGCUGAUUGAACACAAGAGGGUCAAACUUCAGCUCUCUGUAAGCUGCUGUUAAGAGACCUCUGUGUGAAGAAGUACCAUGUGCUAUAUUCCCCAAAUUUUGUAUUUGGGCCAAAUAGGCCAAUAUAUUUCUCUUCUAUUGCAAAAGAAAACUUUUUAGGCCAAUAAAAUGUAUAUUGUGCUUUAUCUUUAAAGCCCAGAGACAAAAAAAUGGCCACUCCACUUGAAUAACUAGAAUUUGAAGAAUGCCAAGCAGGAUCGCAAAUCUAUUAUUAUACCAAUUUUGUUCUGUUUUUGAUGCGAUUCUACAUGAUCCCAUUUCAGCAUGCUACCUGGAUCAUUUGAGUAAUUUUGGAUUGUAGGGUUGAAUGAUCUUGCGAUAUGGAUCGGGAUUUUGA